ACUUUCACUUAUCAGAGACCGAAAGCAAAACCCCCUGAACACUUCAAAGAAAAGAGGUUUUUUCAGACACCCUCUUGCCCUCUCUCUCUCUCUCUCUCUCUCUCUGAGCUGAGAGACAAUACCAGCUUAUAAAACCCGAGACCCAUAAAACCUCCCAUCGGAAUUCCCGAAUCACGUUACCGGGUCAUCGGGUUUCGGAUCUGCCACCCAGUUCACCAACACCACCACCUUCCUUCCCCCCCUCCUUUUUGGGUUUCCCAAUGAGCACAUCUCACCUCCACUUCCUCCCUCCCCUUCCCUUAAACAUUCUCUCCCACCAAUAAUUUCCACAUUGGCAACCAAUUUCUUAUUCAUCAUCCCCUCCCCGAGUCCCACCAACCUUAGGCUCUCUCUCUCUCUCUCUCUCUGCCACUCUAUCUUUCCACUUAGAAAGAAACCAACUUUUUGCUGGGUUUCGCAUAGAGCAGAAAACCCAUCGUAGACUUUGAUCUCCAGUUGACACUUCUAUAGAGAAAGGGAGAUAGAGUGGAGAGAGAGAGAGAGAGUUUAUAAUCAUCGGCUUAUGGCAGGCUCAAAUCCGCAGGAAGGACUGGGGGAUGAGUUCUUUGAGCAGAUCUUGGCCGUGCCGCCCGGAGCUUACUCCGGUGGCUCCACGCCCAUGGUCUUGCAACUCGGCUCCGGCCGCGGCGGCGUGGAAGAUGGCGGCGGCAGAGGAGGCGGCGGGGGGCUGAGGGGCAUGGGGGUGAUGAUGCCCCUGGGGCUGAAUUUGGAGCAAGGUGGAUUGUUUAGGCACGAGGAUGUUGAGAACAGUACUAGUGCAUCUUCCACCACUUCUGCCAUCAAUAUGGAGAGAGAAGCAGGAGUCCACCACGGCAACAACAUGACAAGCUGCUUGUUUCCAGCAUUUGGACAGUUCCAGACUCAUCAGUCAGUCCAGCCACCUCCUCCCCAUCCACCCCCUCCUCAACUUCACCCGGCCUUCUUGAAUCAGCCCGCAGUGGGAUCGCCGAACCAGCCGGCGAUACGCCCAAGGGCACGAGCUAGACGAGGGCAAGCCACGGAUCCUCACAGCAUCGCUGAGCGGUUGCGCCGAGAAAGAAUUAAUGAAAGAAUGAAGGCGUUGCAGGAGUUGGUUCCCAGUUGCAACAAGACGGAUAGAGCAGCCAUGCUUGAUGAAAUCGUGGAUUACGUGAAGUUCUUGAGGCUCCAAGUCAAGGUCCUAAGCAUGAGUAGAUUGGGCGGAGCUGGUGCUGUGGCUCAACUUGUAGCUGAUGUACCCCUCUCAUCAGCUGAGGGCGAGAUCAUCGAAGGCGGGAACAAUCAACCGGCGUGGGAGAAGUGGUUGACAGACGGCACAGAGCAGCAAGUGGCUAAGCUGAUGGAAGAAGAUGUUGGGGCUGCAAUGCAGUUCCUCCAGUCCAAGACGCUCUGCAUCAUGCCCAUUUCGCUCGCCUCCGCAAUCUUCCGCACAAGCCAACCAGACAUGCCCCGGUCCAUCAAGCCCGAAUCCAGCGCCCCUUCCUGAAGCACCCUGAACAAGUUCCUGGCGACAUCAUAGUUGCAACAAUGCCUAGGUUUCUCAGGUCUGACCGGUUCGAGGUUGUCCCCAAGUCGACGUAACUCCUUUGCCAACCAAGUUGCUUAGUGCCCUCUGUUCAUAGUUCACUGUCGCUGUCUUAGAGUGGGUGUGAACUUGUGGUUCUCAUGCCUUAAUUACAACCUAAAAAAAUGCAUCAGUUUCAUGUUUUUUCCAAUUCAUCCAAGGAAAAGUCAAAAGCAACUUUAUUCCAAAUUCAGCUUAUUAAAACCUAUCUUCUGAUGCAUAGUGGUGGGGCUUGAAUUGAGUGGUUGAUGACCAGAAAUCUUUUAAGUGGUGGGAUUGGCAACUUCCCUAA